UGCCAUAUUUCUUGCUCUUCCUCAAACUGCAAUUCUGUUUUAAUAAUGAUAACUCUUCUUUCUUUCCGUCUUUACAGAUUCGACGUGACAGUGUCUGAGCUCUUUCAAUUUGUAGUGUCAAGACACUUGGAAAGGCAACAACAAAACUCCAAAGAGCACUUCAAAUACAGCCAAAAAAAUGGAUUAUGAAAAUCAAACGUGACUUUCGCCCUGAAAACGAAAUCCAAUCCUUUUUAUUCUAGCACCACACUUAAGACAGAAACAACUUCUGGCUAAAAUAAUUCAAAUCCUAGUCCUUUUUAACAACAACUGCAACAAAUCACCCUCUAGCCUCACAUUUCCGCUUCUCUUUUGAAUUUUCUUACGAGCGGAAUGUUUUUUGUCGUCGGCUGAAAUACAACACAUAACAACUAGCACAGCUGCGCCGCAACACUUUAACGGUAACUGGAGGCGCGAACCUUGGCCACUUCAAGAACAUCACAUCAACAGCGAAGCGAAAAACAUAAGCACAGCAGAAGUGGCAUAGCGCUACAGCAUAAAUAAAACCAAGGAAAAAUCCCAUAAAGCGGCAAAAAUGUGCGUUAGCAAGCAACCGUGGACGCUGAUUGUCGGCUGCGCCUUGCUGUGCCCCACACUGCUCCUUUCGGGCACAUAUUCGACUCCCAUUGCAGCAAGACGUGGCCACCAGCCAACGCCUUGCGCCCACGACAGCAUCGCCGCCCUGAUCAAAAAGAGUCCGAUAAUACUGAAGGCUCUGGGUGCACAUAUCUUCACCGACGACGCCCGCGCUGUUGAUUUACUCGGCGCAGGCGCUGUCAAUGACCAGCUGAAAUGGCAGAACGCGCAAAAUAAUUUCUUCGCAUCAGGAACACUGCACUCGGCCGCUGGACCAACGGCAGCCACCGCUGCAGCAAGACAACGACAACAACAGCGAGUUUUGCAGUUUCAGCAAAAGCAACAGCCGUUGACAACUGCGGAAAGACGACACAGUGACAGUGACGACGGCACACCGGCCAGCUCUGCUUCUGUGACGACAGCACACUCAGCUACAGCGGCAAACUCGGCCAAAGCUUUGGACGAGUCCAUUUUAAUAACAUUAACACCGGAAACGAUAUACAAAGGCGCGUCACUUUUGAAAAUGACACCCGGGACGGAGAACGCUGCACGGAGCAGUGGUGGUGGCGGCGGCGGUGGCGUAGGUGGCUAUGGAAGAGGCGAUGGCAGCGGCACGGGACACAAUGGCAGCUAUGGGAAUGGAAGCGGUGGCAGCGCAACGCCCGAGUCCGCAUAUCAGUAUGAAGGCCAGUUGAAUGCAACGCUGCAACCUCUGUCAUGCUUCGAUGGAAAUCUUUUGAAAAUUCUUCCAACCGAGUUAAUUGUUUUUGGUAAAUUGGUAACUGGGCAACAACAGCAGCAACAACAACAACUCCCAGGGGAAUUGCAUGCAACGCAACAAAUGGACUUUUUAUCAAUUAGCAUAAAUGGUUUGCACCGCUGGAGUCCGCAGUUUGAGAAUCACAUCUGGAAGCAUUUGGGUGAGUAGGCAAGCUAGUCUAUGUCUAUUUACAUAUUUAC